AUGGUGACAAGUAUGGCUUCCAUUCUUGAUGGUGGGGAGUACAGAACCGAGCAUACCUUGGCAGGUCCUCUGCAUCCUGCUAUGAACAUGUCCUGCGAAUCUCCAUCAGGCAUGAGCCUCAGCAGCACCUACACCACGUUGACUCCCCUUCAGCACCUGCCACCCAUCUCCACAGUGUCCGACAAGUUCCACCACCCGCACCACCACCACCACCAUCAUCACCAUCAUCAAAGACUAACUGGCAACGUAAGUGGAAGUUUCACCUUGAUGAGGGAUGACAGGGGGUUGGCAUCGAUGGGUAACAUAUACAGUCACUAUCCAAAGGAUAUGACAACCAUGGGACAACCACUCUCCCCCCUUUCCAAUGGCCUAGGUACUUUGCACAACUCACAACAGUCACUAGGCCCAUAUGGUCCAGGUGGACAUUUAACUAAUGAUAAAAUGUUAUCACCAAACGGGUUCGACUCGCAUGCUGCCAUGCUGUCUAGGAGUGAGGACCAUCUGACAAGGAGCCUCGGCACUCCUGCGGCCGGCAUGAUGGCCCCUUUAAAUGGAAUGCAUCCACAUGGACACCACCAUGCAUCGUCUAAUGGCUCAAUCCUUGGUGAAAGGGACAGGCAAGCCUCAAGUUCUGGGUCGCAAGCCGGUGGCAAUGGUCAAGUGGAGGAGAUUAAUACCAAAGAGGUUGCUCAAAGGAUCACAGCAGAACUGAAGAGGUAUAGCAUACCGCAAGCUAUCUUUGCUCAAAGAAUCCUGUGCAGGUCUCAGGGUACUCUGUCUGAUCUUCUGAGGAAUCCAAAACCUUGGAGUAAACUUAAGUCGGGCCGGGAGACAUUCAGGAGGAUGUGGAAAUGGCUCCAGGAACCUGAGUUCCAAAGAAUGUCUGCGCUGAGAUUGGCAGGUAAGACCAAAGUUCACACUCCACUUCUUGGCUCCGCCACCUAUUGCAAAAAUCUAUUGCCAGCUUUACUUAGUCAUUUCUCAGUACUGGAACUGAAAAGCCUUUGUUUUAGAAUGGUGUUAUUACUUUAG